GACAUGUUGUUGAAAUGAAGAACACAGCCUAGCCAGUCUCAGUUGCCUGUCUGUUUUCCCUUCUGGGCUUUGCUCAGUUUUCUCUCCGCUUUCUUCUCAUGACUGCUCGGUUUCUUGUCCGGUUUCCUCUCAGAAAUUUCUCGGAUUCGUGUCCAGUCUCAUCUCUGGGCUCUGCUCACUUUGCUCGCCGGUCUCCUCUCAGCUUUCUUGUUGGGUUCUCUCUCUGGGCUCUGCGCGGUUUCCUGUCUGGUUUCCUUUCAGGGCUCGGCUCGGUUUCCUGUCCGAUUUUCUUUGAGGACUCUGAAAAGCUAUAAACUUUACCAGCAAUUUAAGCAGGGGCAGGAAAGGAAACUUUCAAGGAAAGGUAACCCGAGUAGGCGGAUAUGACUUGAGCAUUACGGCAUUGUUUUGACAGUGUUUUAAGUCAGAAGGCUGGUGAGAAUAGCUGACUAUUUGGUGUUUCAUGUCCAUUAUCUGACAACGGUGUGGAAGACGACACUAAUGUAUUCUGCAUAUACGGUUUGGCAAUGUACCGGAGAGGUUAGGUGUUGUGUAGAGGACGGUUUAAGUUACAUUCCGUAUUCAGGGAAACGCCCCCUGUUGUAUAUAACACUUGAGCUCUUCUUAAAACACCAAGGCACGGCCAGAAAUGUAAAUUAAGAUAUCUCUUAUAUAUAUAUGUAGACCAGUAGAUUAUCAGUCAUUCGGUUCAGUAAUAGGCGUACUGGUGCUUAUAUCGAGAUAGACUCCGCUGAUAAACAAACGGGUAUUCCAUAGCGCAGUCUUGCCGGCACCAAGAUGUUUUCUCGGAUGUUCAUUCUUCUCUUGGCUGUUAGCCCCGCAUUCUGUUUCGGAGAAACUGAGGAUGUCUCGGACAAAUCUCACAAGGAUUUAGAGGAGCUGGCGGAAUUCGCUGUGGGUGAAAUCUAUGGGAAGACGGACGGUCGGUUACCCCCGGUGAGGGUGGUAGACGUACAGAAACAGAUUGUAGCAGGGGUCAACUAUUUCUUCACGCUGCAGAUAACGUUUCCGGACAAGUCUGUGCACGUGUGUGAGGCUACCAUUCACACGCAGCCGUGGAAACAGACCCGGGAGCUGCUCAAAUCUGACUGUCCCUCUAUGAUUGACACCCUAAACAUAGGCAAGGUUGUUCAACAACUCUCGCUGUCUCCAUCUGAUCCGGAAGUGGAGAGAGCGGCCAAAUUUGCUGUGGAACGGUUAAAUCAUCAGUCAAAAUGUUUCAAAGACGCUCGUCUUGAGCUUAUCAACAAGGCUUUGGAAACUGAAGACGUCAUCACGAUGGAUCUGACAGUCUGCGAAUGGCCAUUUUCGUCUUAUCAUUUUGAGAAAAGAAUACCGUACCCGUGUGCCCUUCAGGAAAACCUCCAUGACUGUCACGUGGCGGUGGACACGAAGGACGGGGCUCCUGUCAAACUGGUUGGAGAUUUCCACUGUAGUGGAUGUUGAUGACACGUGUAAAUCUGUAGACUGUUUUCAUAGCUGACGACAUUAAGCCUUGUGAUUAUGUACAUAGCCGCAUGUCUUUUGUUUCAAUGAAUAAUGGCCAUUGAUGAAUGUCCGUACUGAUGUAUGUGUAUAUUUAUACUAAAAUAAAAGUUAAAUUAAAAGUGGUGU